UAAAUUUAAAGGUGCUGUUUUAUUCAGCUUACUAGACUUCUCCUAUUGGGCAACACAUUUUUGUUCUUGUGAAAGCAGGUUUCAGAUGCUUGUCAGAAAGACACUGGCACAGCUGCACCCUCCAGAUGUGCCACAAGCCAGCUCUGAGUACAUAAAGUGAAGGGGUAAUGUGCCAGUGAAAUAGAGAAUUCUAGCAAAGAGCCUUUGGAAGCAGCACUAAGAAGCUUGGAAAGCAGAUGAGGUGGAGUCAAACUGUGCAGUACCAUCUGUUCUAGCACUGAGCUCCUUGCAUUCCAUAAGGGACGACAUUUAUUUUCCUUGAAUGGCAUUUUAUCCUGUAGGAUGUCUUCCUAAACUGUCUGUAAGACGUUAAAAAUUUAUGGUAUUAAUCAACAUACUGAAAUCCUGCCAAUCUUAUUCCAAAAGACAAUUAGCAAUAAAGUCUUGCUGAUGUCAGCGGUUUUACUUCUCAAGUUGGACAUCUCUCCACCUGACCCUCAUCAGGCUCUAGUAUGUGUAAAUGAAGAGCAGCACACCAAAGUCAGUAAUCAUCUUUGAAAUAUGUAAAAGUCCACAAGAUGUAGAAUACUUACACAAUGCUACUAGAGCUCAUGUUAUCAUUUUCACAGGGCAAUGGACAGAAAUACAUUUUUAAAAAAUAAUUACUCAUCAGAUGGUGGUGUUAUUUUCCUUUAAUGUACAGUUUUUAAAUAGAUAUAGCUUUUUGUCUUCUGCCUCUGAAAAAAUACCAUAGCAUGAUACACCUUCCAAAUUCAAAAUAUUUAUCUCUCUGUCCUUUGUCAGAAUUAGGAUGGCUGCAGCAAAACUAUGAGUAGGAAUUGUUCCCCUCACAGUAUUUAGUUCCACAAUUGUAUGAUACUGUUUCUUUUACAUCCAUCAAAACUUUAAGACAAGUAUCUGAAGAAUUUGCACAGCUGGCUUUAUGCAGGAGGACUGAUUUGAAAUCAAACAUUUUUUUAGGCAAGGUGUUACUUAAAAAAAAAUUUGCCCACAUUUGCUGAGGGCACAAUUGCAUCAGAAAAAAAACCCCAAACCUACCAAGCUAUGUUCUUUGUGUUCAGUAGUAAACCAACAUAAUAUACACACAGUGCUGAAAAUCAGGGACGUUAGUCUAAUUAGAUCCUUUGUAGCCUCAGAACUCCAAAUGCUGGAAAAAACAUUUUGUAUACGAGAUGCCCAUUUGAGCACAGCCCUGCUGUUACUUCCUAUUGUGCUGAGGUACUGGUAAUGGAAACUUUUACUGCAUCAUGUUCUUCUGAGCAACUUCCCUAGCUGUGGUUUUCUGCUACUCCCCUGAUAAAAGCACAAAAGUGGCGAGAGUUUAGCAAGUAUGUAAAAAUCUUGCAUGAAUUUGACACCAGAGUUCUCAAAAGCAAAACUGCACGGAAUUGGAGACGCCCAAACUAGGUCAUUUCUCAUCUGUUAGCACAGCAGGUGUUGUUGUGAUGUUAAAUUUCAAUGUCUGCUUUGAUUUAGUUCCGAAGAACUUUGACGGAAUUAUCGAGCACAAUGGGAAAUACUGUGAAAACUCCAAGAGCACCCGAGGAGACAAACACGCCGAGCCAAACGGGUCAGGAGAGUGACUUCCUGGCUGUUCUCCAUGACUAUCCUUCAGCAGACAUAAGCCAACCUAUAUUUCAUGUAGGGGAAAAACUACGUGUGCUAUCAGAUGAAGGAGGCUGGUGGAGAGUCCAUUCUCUUACAACAGGUCGAGAAAACUAUAUUCCAGGAAAAUAUGUAGCAAAGGUUUAUCAUGGCUGGUUAUUUGAAGGGCUGGGAAGAGAAAAGGCAGAGGAACUUCUACAGCUACCCAAUACCAAAGUCGGCUCCUUCAUGAUCAGAGAGAGUGAAACUAGGAAAGGGUUAUAUUCCUUGUCAGUGAGGCACAGGCAAGUGAAGCAUUACAGGAUCUUCCGCCUCCCCAAUAACUGGUAUUACAUCUCCCCACGGCAAACCUUCCAGUGCCUUGAAGACCUUGUCAAUCACUACUCAGAAGUUGCUGAUGGUCUCUGCUGUGUCCUUACAACACCGUGUCUUACCCAGUGCACUAACAACAACACCGUGGUGGAUCCAGUUCCCCCUGUGGUGAUGCGGAAUAAAAAUUUCAACUGGAGGAACAUUCACAGGCUGGAGGUGACUGAAGAUACUAAAAGCACCCUGGCAGCAAUGGAUGACUCUUGCCUCAGCUAUGGCUUGAGGGAAAGCAUCGCUUCCUACCUCUCCCUGACUGAGGAUGACAACACUUCUUAUGCAAGUGCCAGAAAGAAGAAAUCCCAAUCUCUCAUAUACACAGGAAACAAACGUAAGAGUGCCCUUCACUUGCCACCUACAUUCUAUGACAACUAAAUAUAAGACAAACAGGAAAAAGCCAAAAACUGAUGAGUUAGAAGAGAAACCAGAGCAUCCUGUGGUCCUGCCAUCCUUCAACAGCUGGGAAAUACAAUCAGCUAGGCUGGUGACCAAACACCAGCAGUUCUUCUGCAUUUCCUCUUCUGAAUGUUAACCAGAGGCCCUCUCAAGGGUGCUAUCUCAGCCAUGGCAUAUGCUGGGAUCGUCCCCAGUGCACCAGAACUGGUUCACAAGCAGGAGAAACUGAGAUAGACUCUGUGUCAAAAGCCAAGUGGUGCAGGUGACUCUUCAGCAGGGGCAAUGCCCAGCAUUGUACAGAGGUGACUGCAUAAGGAAGGACUAACUGCAGCUCGAGAACUUAAUUUAAGUCUUACUCUGGUAUUCUCCACAAGGCUGAAAACCUUCUUUACAGAACCUAUCUACACUGAAAAAAGGAGCAUUUUUCUUCUCAAGAUAGACUUAUCCAUUGUC